AUGCCUCUCCCCGUGGCAUCACUUCACGCUCUCUUCGGCCUCUCGCCAGGCGACGCCACCAUCGCCUCGACCCUCACCUCGCUGUUCGGCAGCGCGCCAGACCCAGAAGUCAAGGCGUACCCCGACGCGACCUACCACAACUACUAUCCCCUCGGCGUGUCGCUCUGCUUCACGGGAGCACCGCUGGCGCUCGACAGCAUCGACAUCUUCAACCCGCCCCCUGGGCCGAGCAAGUCAACAAAGCCGACGUACUCUCCCGCCCCGGCGCUCGAGCUGUGCUUCGCCGAGACCGAGGUCGUCCUCCCGCCGCGCAAGGAGGGCGAGGCCGAGUUCCGCUACCCCCGCCCAGAACGCUUCGAGGUCGUGCCAGCAACCAAGGGCCGCGACCUCGUGCGCCUGCUCGGCGAGCCCAGCCGUAAGGGCUCUGGCGGCUGGGUCGGCGUCUGGCUCGAGUGGGGACGAGUUGGCCUCAAGGACGACUCGGGCCGCGUCGAGGUUGGCAUCAUGCUCGAGUUGUCUGAUCCCAAGGGUGCGGAGCAGCUCACCGAUGAGCAGAGGAAGAAGGGCGCCGGUGGUGUCUGGGACCGCGCUGCCGGAUGGGCAUGGGGCAGCCUCAAGGUCUUCCGUCCGGUCGACAAGUAG